AUGGAGAAGAUCCUUCGGCGGGUGCGCAUGGCCGAGCGCCAAGUUGCACGGCGAGUGAAGCGCCGGAACGAGCUGGUCCACGCCAUCAAAAAGAACGAACGGACCGGUAUGAUCGCCAGGUCCCGGAAACAGGCAGGCGUUGCGCUUAACACCGCCAUAAAGGCUCGCCACGAGGAUUGGGAGCUCGGUCCGCUUGCUCCGCGCCGCGACGUCAGUCAGGUCGAUGAGUUCGGCAACUACUGGGGCAGCAUCUCGAGCGAGCGAAGCCUGCUCCAGUUCGCUCUCACUGAUGAGCAGAAGAACGCCCGUGCUGCCUGGGCCGGUGGAUCGCAAUACCUCUGUAUAGCUAUCGGUGACCGUGUUGUCGUUACCGAAGGCCCCUACAAGGGCAAGAUUUCCUCCAUUGCGUCAAUGGACCGGAGUGCCAUGACCGUCACGCUGGAAGGUAACAUUGGCAUCGUGAAUGCGAAGAUCCCCGAGUAUCUGAAUCGACAUGGCCACCCACCAGUUCAGCAGCUCAAAGCAGCCAUUCCAAUCUCAGCCAUCCGGCUAGUACACCCACUUACAGAUCCGGAGACCGGGACGGCCCGGGACGUCAUCAUCCGUGAACUCAAACCUAUCGGGAUAACGCAUGACCGGCCCACACGCAAGGUCUUUUUCUCUCGCAUCGUUCCGGGACUGAACGUCCGCAUCCCCUGGCCAAAGCAGCCAAAGAAGGAACACGAGGACCAUCCCGUAGACACGCUCCGCCUAGAAGUUGAGGAGCGCACGUUCGUGCCGACGCUCCUCCGUCCGCCCUUCCCGGAGAGUGUGGUCGACGAGCUGCGCAACAAGUACUCCAAGUUCCGCACGCGGCACACGCCCGAGUACGUCGCCAAAAUCGAGGAGAAAGAGGCGGAGAAGAAGGCCCGCCAGAAGGGCGCCCGUAUCGAGGAGAUGCUGCUGCCACUGCAGGAGUACAAUCGCAAGCUACGCGAGCUGCGCCGCGCUCGCGGCAAGCCGGAGCUUACCGAGGAGAUGCUCGAGAAGAUCGGCGAGGUUAUUGCGCGGAACCGGUUGGCCAGGCUGGGAGGGGGAGAGGCUGCGGCUACUCUCACACCCACACCUGCCGCUUCCGAGACAGAGGUGGACAAGAUGCAGAAGGCAGUCGAGGAGCUGUCACUUGGGGGAGACGCCCAGGGGACAGCGACGGGUGGGGAUCAGCCCAGCGCAUCAUGA